AUGACACGGUACUUUUCCGUGUGCUAUCUUGCAUAUGCACUCUUUGCAAGCCUCCCAUGUGUUCUCGGUAAAGCGGACACGACGGUGAACAACAAAACCAUUGACCGAGAACACCCUUGUUUUUGGGCUUGCUUCGCUUCACCGUCAGUAGGAAAGCCAGAAUCUCAUUAUAUUCAUCCAACCAAGACCAUACAGCUUCGCACGCAUUCAAUAUUUCCUCCAUACAUUGAUCAAGACCUGCAAAAUCGUUGGUGGGAUUUCGGCGCGGAUGCAUAUAUUAACACCAACAAACAUAUUCGUCUCUCGAGCGCCCGCGCAUCUCAAAUGGGAUGGCUCUGGUCACGCAUGCCACUGACUGCUUCUAAUUUCAUCAUCGAGGUAGAAUUCAAAGUCACCGGUGAAUCAUCGCACCUGUACGGAGAUGGAAUGGCUAUUUGGCUCACAAAGGACCGAGCUGAACCAGGCCCUGUAUUCGGCAGCAAAGACAACUUCGAAGGGCUCGGUAUCUUCUUGGAUACUUAUGCAAAUGCCCGGCAUCCUUAUGGCUUUCCCCGCAUUGUUGCGAUGUUGGGUGAUGGCCAGACGCCCUAUGACCAAGCACAUGAUGGUGAGGCCAACAGCCUAGGCUCCUGUGCAGCCAAUUUCCGCCGUACGAACGUGAUCACGAAGCUCAAGAUCACUUACUUGAAGGAUACCUAUCUUGAUGUCAAGGUCCACUACCGAGCCUGGGAUGACUGGUCUGACUGCUUCCGCCUCACAGGCAUCAGUCUUCCCUCCGCUCCAUACAUCGGCAUCUCCGCAAUGACAGGCGAAGUAUUCGAUUCCCAUGAUGUUAUCUCCGUGACGACGUGGUCUGCCAUUCUAUCGGCCUCUGAUGCGCAGCGCAACAAGUUUGGCAGCGGUAGCGGGAAGGGUGCGUUCUCGCGUAGAUCUGGGGCCGAGUCACAAGGCGGCUCCUGGUUCAGCUUCAUCUUCAAACUGCUGCUCUUUGUGGGCGUCUGUGUGGGUGCUACGUAUGGGUAUAAGACUUACGCGCUUAAUCAGAGGAGGGGUUAUGGUGGCUCGGCAUUUGGGGGCUUGGGUUACGAGAGCCGGAGGCGGUUCUGA